CUUCCCAUCAAUGACAGAGCGGCCUAUGGAGAGCAGCCCCGACCUUCCCUGCAGCCCAUGCAGAUGAGCCAGGCUGGCCGGCCAAUGGCAGCGCGGCGAGGGCGGGGCCGUGCAAUCACAUAGCGGAUUGCAGAGAAAUUUGGGAAAAGUUGAGCAGAGAGAAGUUUGCAGCAAUGCCCUUACUGAGCCCUCUGCCAAAUCCCUAUAGGAAGGAAAGAUAGGGGGCAGGAAGAAAGGAAGGAGGAAGAGAAGAAGGAGAGAAGGACUGUGCCUGAGAGGAGGGGGGCUUUUCUUCUAACUCAGGGGGCAAAAUGAGCCUGCUGUCUGCCAUAGAUACCACUGCAUCAGUCUACCAGCCUGCCCAGCUCCUCAACUGGGUGUAUCUGUCCCUGCAAGACACUCACCAAGCCAGUGCCUUUGAUGCCUUCAGACCAGAGUCCAGCAAUGCCUCCCACCCUGAUCUCAACAACUACUCCAAGAGCCCCCCAGAGCUCAACUCUUCCAUCCACUCCAGUUAUCUCAACAGCUUCCUGCAGCUCCAGAGGACUGAGCAGGCAUUGGGUAGCAGCCUUUACAAGAAUGCAUCUCCUUAUGGCUCCCUGAACAACAUUGUGGAUGGGCUGAGCUCUUUAACAGAACACUUCUCAGAAAUCUCACUCUCCACUGAGAACAGAAAACCCAGCAAGCGGCCCCCUCCUAACUACCUGUGCCAUCUCUGCUUCAACAAAGGUCAUUACAUUAAAGACUGUCCACAGGCUCGUCCAAAGGGCGAAGGUCUAACCCCAUAUCAAGGAAAGAAACGAUGUUUUGGGGAAUACAAAUGUCCGAAGUGCAAGCGGAAAUGGAUGAGUGGGAACUCCUGGGCUAACAUGGGUCAAGAGUGUAUAAAGUGCCACAUCAAUGUCUACCCUCAUAAACAGCGACCUUUGGAAAAACCUGACGGUCUUGAUGUGUCUGAUCAAAGUAAGGAGCACCCCCAGCAUUUGUGCGAGAAGUGCAAAGUUCUGGGGUAUUAUUGCCGUCGUGUCCAGUAAACAGAACCAAGUGGCGGGCAAAAGAAUUGAAGACAUAGAAGAACAAAGACACAGUGACUUGCAUAUAAACUAAUAAUAUGAGAUUUAGAAUGUAACAUUCUUCCUGUGUAUGUGUAAAAACUGUAUUUAUAAAGCAUUAGGGCUUA